AUGGGGUUGAAUAUCGACGUCUUCCAGGAACCUCGAGGAGUUAUGAGAAUUAUUCAAUUUGUUUUUGCCAUUUGGGCUUUUGCUAAAACCGUGGACUAUACGAACGAAGUUCACUUAACUUAUUGUAAAGAGAAUCAUUCUAGUUUAGAAUUUAGUUAUCCGUAUCAGCUAGACAGAAUUCAAAAAUCAUUACAUUCUUGUUCGAACAACUCUGAUCCAUUAACAUUUUCGCUUGUAGGAGAUUUUUCUUCAGAUGCACAAUUUUUCGUUGCUACCGGAGUUAUGUCCAUGUUAUAUUGCGUGGGAAUUUCAGUUGUGUACGUUUUAUUUGACGAAGUAUAUCAAUCCAACGCAACAGUUCCAAUGACUGAUUUUCUAGCAACACUUCUUCUUGCCGUUUUUUGGCUUUCUGGAAGUGCAGCUUGGGCCAACGGUUUGGUGGGUCUGAAAGCAGUUACAAAUCCUGAAAACAUAUUGUCAUGGAAGAUUUGCCAAGAACUUAAUUGUGGAGCUGGCAUUGGAAGUUUUUCAGGACUUAACAUAUCAAUUACUUUAGGGUUUCUUAAUUUUUUUCUAUGGGCAUUCGAUCUUUGGUUUUUAUAUAAAGAAACUCAGUGGUUUAAGGAUGCCAAUAAAACAACUCCUAAUUCAAACCUUGGAGUUUUCAUUCCUGAUUCACAAUUUAAGUAA